AACCUGCCUGGUGCAGCAUUUCCUCAAGGUCAACCGGUAGGGCCGAGUUGAAGCCUCUGUUUCCAGACACCCAGUCCUAUUUCUGGGGGCUCAGUGUUAAACCCCCUCCUGGCAGAUUAAAUUCACUGCAAAUUCUUCAACCCUGCUUUGCUUCCCAUCAGAAUUUCAAGAUCGCUGUAAAUAAAGGAGUAUUUUCAUUUUGCCUAUGGGGUGAAGUGGACUAGAAAGGGACCAGGUGAAGCAUAGAUCUGUGAUUUGUGUAGGGCAGUACAAUGCCACUUGCUCGGGAGAGUGCCAGGAGAUGCUGAACUUGUUAGAAGCUGAUCUUAUCAGAUUUGGGCUCUGUCUUCACUGAUGGCAGAGAACUCUUCCUUUGGCAAAGUUAGAGCCACGAUCACUUUGCUUUUGCUUUUGAAUCCUUGUCCUUUGGCUUAUGGAGUGUGGAUUUGAAAUCCAGAACGGGGAACUGCUUGCUUCGAGGAACCUUUAGUUUCUGUAGAUUGCUUUAGCUUUUUUUUAGAGUUUCAGGGGUUGGGGAGAAGGGCAAGGCUGGAUUUUACUAAAAUAACUUCUGUAAUAAACCUUUUUUCUAUUACGGGAAUUUCAAACAUAUAAGUAGAGAGGUGUACAGUGAACCCCUAAGUACAUCACUCCGCUUGAACAAUUAUCAACCCAUGAUCAAUCUUGUCUUACAUAAAUUUUAUUAAGCUGUCGUGAAACCUGUGUUUUUUAAAACAUAUUUUUUGCCCUUGCUAGUAAAAUAACUUUUGCUUUUGAGAGAAUAUAGUACUUUAUUUAUUAUUCAUAUUAUUAUACUUUUUUUGGUAUGAAGCAUUUCUAUUUCAUAGGCUUUUUCUAAAAUUAAUUUUUUGAGCACUUAGCCCAGAUGAUUCCAAAGUUCUCUGCAAAGUUUUUAUCUCUUUGUCUACCAUAUUAGGGAAGAUAAGCUAGCUACUGUAACAAAUAACUCUGCCCCCCCAUCCUCCACCAAUUUUAGUGGCUUAAACCGAUAAAAGCUUAUUUUCAGUUAUGGAGAAGUCCAGGGCAGGUAUUUCCUGACGGGGGAGUCCCCCCUAAGAGGUGAUUCAGCGAUGCAGGCUCAUUCCGCCUGUGACUCCACCAUGUGUAACACGCUGUCAAGGUUGCCAGGCCCAUCUUGUCAAUGAAGUGGAAGGGCAAAGAGUCCGGAGGAUCUCACAUGGAGGUUUGUAUGGAGCCGGCCUAGAAGUGGCACACACCCCACAUGCUUCUCUCAUUCCAUUGGCUAGUGCUCGGCCACGUGGUCACACUAAGCUGCAAGGAGCUGGGAGACUUGGUGUAACUGUGAUCCAGGAAGAGGAGCAAAUGGGUUUGGCGAGCAUGUAGCCCCUCUCUGCAUUUCCACUCUGGUUCUGAUGUUGCUGGGCUGCAUUUUCGUGCCUGUGUAGAAAGGAAGACAAGAGUGUUUCCUUACUCUCCUGGUUGCAACCACUUUACUGUGGCUCAAAAAUCAUUAAUUUUUUGUUUCCAGCUUAUGAAAUUAUACCCGUUCAUUAAAUACACUUUGAGAAGCUCAAGAAAACACAAAGAAGCUAUAAAAAUUACCCAUAACCUCAUCAUCUGGAGAUUACUAUUAUUAAUCCUUUGUUAGAUUUCUUUCCAAUUUAAGGAUCAGUUUUAACCACUUAGAAAUAAUAAUAAAAUUUCACUUCUUACUCUCUUCUGGCUUUCAAACUCCAAAACUGGUAAGAAGGGGGGAAACAUCACUAUCACCAACAACUUGGCAGUUUUGCCUUAUCUUAGCAAAGAUAUACUAUUCCAGAGGUGCCAUGAGGCCUUGCACUUUUGACAUUUUCAAAAUGAACUUUUUUGCUUACGUGUCUUAAUCUUCACUUCUCUUGGUAAGUGGAAGUGUAAGUAUUGGAUGCUGGUGACGUUAGCAAUAUGUAGCGUGGCAAGGGUCAUUAAGGUGAGGGUAAAAAUUUAAGUUUAUGAUUUACUUCCUACCCAGUGUCCAGAAUUGUAAUAUAUAGCUUAACUUUCCAGGAGAGAAUACUAGGAAAAGCUGUGUGAAACCAAACCAAAAUAAGGCCUUGUAAACUUGAAACCCAUUUGAAUACACUCCCUGCCUUGAGCUGAAGACAUAGGUGGGUGUGCUCUUCUCUAUUUACCCACCUGCAUUGCUUAUGCUGGUCAGCAGUGGAGGAAAGGCUGCUAAUCUUAAGUGGGAGGACAUUUUCUUGGGAGAAGGUGCACCCUUUAAUCAUCAGCUCCAGACUCGGGGAGUCAGAGCCCUCUGGUUUUCCCUUAAAGUGGUGAGGAUGGAGCCGAGAGGCGAACCAACAUCAGAAUUCUCAUUUGUGAUGUCACCAGAGUUCUCGUUUGUGAUGUCCUUAUCAUGACCUCACGGCCAGGUUUGCUCAAAAUGUUUGCCCAAGCUUCUGUCAGAACUUGGGCUUCUGAGGCCUGGCCUGAUUCCACAGACAUCAUGAGUUCCCUGCUUUGGGAUUCAAGUAACUCAGAUGGACUGAGAGCCAGAGGAGUGAAGAUUAAAGGACAGAAGUCAUAGAAUAUUUAACCCGGAGACUGACUUCAGUAUAGAAACACCCACGGUUGUAUCAAUGGUUGGGAAAAGAUAGUGACAACAGGCGACAGGAGACCAGCUCUGACACAGUAAGGACAAUGAGUAUGCUCAAACCAAGUGGGCUCAAGGCCCCGACUAAGAUCCUGAAGCCUGGAAGCACAGCCCUGAAGACGCCUGUUGCUGUUGUAGUUCCAGUAGACAAAACAACAUCGAGGGAAAAGGCAUCAAGCACUCCCUCCGCUGAGACACAAGAGGAAUUUGUGGAUGACUUUCGAGUUGGGGAGCGAGUUUGGGUGAACGGUAAUAAGCCUGGAUUUAUCCAAUUUCUUGGAGAAACCCAGUUUGCCCCAGGCCAGUGGGCCGGGAUUGUUUUAGAUGAAGCUAUAGGCAAAAAUGAUGGCUCGGUGGCAGGAGUCCGGUAUUUCCAGUGUGAACCUUUAAAGGGCAUAUUUACCCGACCUUCAAAGUUAUCAAGGAACGUACAAGCAGAAGAUGAAGCUAACGGCCUGCAGAUGGCUCAUGCGUCCAGAGCUACUUCGCCUCUGUCUACUUCUGCAGCCAGCGUGGUCCCUUCCUCCUCCCCAGCAACGCCCUCAAAUAUUCCUCAUAAAUCAUCCCAACCUAUAGCAAAGGAACCUUCAACUACGCCUCAUAUCAGCAACCUUACCAAAACUGCCAGCGAAUCUAUCUCCAACCUUUCAGAAGCUGGCUCAGUCAAGAAAGGAGAGAGAGAGCUCAAAAUCGGAGACAGAGUAUUGGUUGGUGGCACGAAGGCUGGUGUAGUGCGGUUCCUUGGGGAGACAGACUUCGCCAAGGGGGAGUGGUGUGGUGUGGAGUUAGAUGAACCGCUCGGGAAGAACGACGGGGCUGUUGCUGGAACAAGGUAUUUUCAGUGUCAACCCAAAUAUGGCUUGUUUGCUCCUGUCCACAAAGUCACCAAGAUUGGCUUCCCUUCCACGACACCAGCCAAAGCCAAGGCCGCAGCUGUGAGGCGAGUGAUGGCCACCACGCCUGCCAGCCUGAAGCGCAGCCCUUCUGCCUCCUCGCUCAGCUCCAUGAGCUCCGUGGCCUCCUCAGUGAGCAGCAAGCCCAGUCGGACAGGAUUAUUGACUGAGACCUCCUCCCGGUACGCCAGGAAGAUCUCCGGCACCACUGCCCUCCAAGAGGCCCUGAAGGAGAAGCAGCAGCACAUUGAGCAGCUGCUGGCUGAACGGGAUCUAGAGAGGGCGGAGGUGGCCAAGGCCACGAGCCACGUGGGGGAGAUAGAGCAGGAGCUAGCUCUGGCUCGGGAUGGACACGAUCAGCACGUCCUGGAAUUGGAGGCCAAGAUGGACCAGCUGCGAACAAUGGUAGAAGCAGCUGACAGGGAGAAGGUGGAACUUCUCAACCAACUGGAGGAGGAGAAAAGGAAGGUUGAGGAUCUUCAGUUCCGGGUUGAGGAAGAAUCCAUUACCAAAGGCGACCUUGAGACGCAGACCAAACUGGAGCAUGCCCGCAUUAAGGAGCUUGAACAGAGCCUGCUCUUUGAAAAGACCAAAGCUGACAAACUCCAGAGGGAGUUAGAAGACACUAGGGUGGCUACAGUGUCAGAAAAGUCUCGUAUCAUGGAACUAGAAAAAGACCUGGCAUUGAGAGUACAGGAGGUAGCUGAGCUCCGAAGAAGGCUUGAGUCCAAUAAGCCUGCUGGUGAUGUGGAUAUGUCACUCGCCCUUUUGCAAGAGAUCAGCUCUUUGCAAGAAAAGUUAGAAGCUGCUCAUACUGACCACCAGAGAGAAAUAACUUCCUUGAAGGAGCAUUUUGGAGUCCGUGAAGAAAUGCACCAGAAGGAGAUAAAGGCCCUCCACACAGCAACAGAGAAGCUUUCUAAAGAGAAUGAGUCGUUGAAAAGCAAGCUCGAUCAUGCCAACAAGGAGAAUUCGGAUGUGAUAGCUCUGUGGAAGUCAAAGCUGGAGACUGCCAUCGCGUCCCAUCAGCAAGCGAUGGAAGAGCUGAAGGUGUCCUUUAGCAAGGGGGUCGGAAUGGAGACAGCAGAAUUGGCAGAGUUAAAAACACAGAUAGAGAAGGUGAAGCUAGAUUACCAGCAUGAGAUAGAAAAUUUGCAGAAUAAACAAGAUUCUGAACGGUCUGCUCAUGCUAAAGAGAUAGAAGCCCUACGGGCUAAACUGAUGAAAGUCAUUAAAGAAAAGGAGAAUAGUCUGGAAGCCAUCAAAUCGAAGCUGGACAAAGCAGAAGACCAACAUCUAGUCGAAAUGGAAGACGCGUUAAACAAAUUGCAGGAAGCGGAAAUAAAGGUAAAGGAGCUAGAGGUACUGCAAGCCAAAUGCAAUGAACAAACCAAGGUUAUUGAUAGUUUUACAUCACAGCUCAAGGCUACUGAAGAGAAGCUCUUGGACCUUGAUGCACUUCGGAAAGCCAGUUCCGAAGGUAAAUCGGAAAUUGAGAAACUUAGACAGCAGCUCGAGGCAGCCAAGAACCAGCUUAAAAAUUUAGAGAUUGAAAAGAAUGCUGAGAGUAGCAAGGCUAGUAGCAUCACCAAAGAGCUCCAGGGGAAGGAGCUAAUGCUCACUAACCUUCAGGAAAACUUGAGUGGAGUCAGUCAAGUGAAAGAGGCUUUGGAAAAGGAUCUUCAGAUUUUGAAAGAAAAGUUUGCUGAAGCGUCGGAGGAGGCUGUCUCUGUUCAGAGGAGCAUGCAAGAAACUGUAAAUAAAUUACACCAAAAAGAAGAAGAGUUUAACUCGCUGUCCUCUGAAUUGGAGAAGUUGAGAGAACAUCUAGCAGAUAUGGAGGCAAAAUUCAGAGAGAGAGAUGAAAGAGAAAUGCAGUUAAUGAAGGCCAAGGAAAAACUGGAAAAUGACAUUGCAGAAAUAAUGAAGAUGUCGGGAGAUAAUUCGUCUCAGCUGACAAAAAUGAAUGAUGAACUGCGUCUGAAAGAAAAAUACGCAGAAGAAUUACAGCAAAGACUUACAAAGGCAAACGAUAAUGCGAGCGUUCUACAGAGAACUAUUGGGGAGAUAACUCUCAAAGCUGAACAGAGCCAGCAAGAAGCAGCUAAAACGCAUGAAGAAGAAAAGAAGGAAUUGCAGAAAAAAUUGCUGGACCUGGAAAAGAGGAUGGAAGUGAGCCACAACCAGUGUCAGGACUUGAAGGCCAGGUACGAACAAGCCAGUUCUGAGACAAAAACAAAGCACGAAGAAGUCCUGCAGGGCCUACAGAAGAUGCUGCUGGCUACGGAGCAGAAGCUGAAGGCUGCUCAGGAGGAGAACGGUGACUUGUUGCGGGAGAUGGAGGAACUGAGAAAACAAGCCGACAAAGCCAAAGCCGCCCAGACCGCAGAAGAUGCCAUGCAGAUCAUGCAACAGAUGACCAAAGAGAAGACCGAAACCCUGGCCUCCUUGGAAGAUACCAGGCAAACAAAUGAAAAACUCCAGAAUGAAUUGGAUACACUUAAAGAAAACAACUUGAAAAAUGUGGAAGAGCUGAACAAAUCAAAAGAACUUCUGACCGUAGAGAAUCAGAAAAUGGAAGAAUUCAGGAAAGAAAUAGAAACCCUAAAGCAGGCGGCAGCACAGAAGUCCCAGCAGCUCUCAGCGUUGCAGGAAGAGAACGUCAAACUUGCCGAGGAGCUGGGGAGGAGCAGGGACGCAGUCACAAGUCAUCAAAAGCUGGAAGAAGAGAGAUCUGUGCUCAAUAAUCAGUUGUUAGAAAUGAAAAAGAGAGAAUCCAAGUACAUAAAAGAUACAGAUGAAGAGAAAGCUUCUCUGCAGAAAUCCAUCAGUAUCACUAGUGCCUUACUCACAGAGAAGGAUGCGGAGCUGGAGAAGCUGAGAAAUGAGGUCACAGUGCUCAGGGGAGAAAACGCCUCUGCCAAGUCCUUGCACUCAGUGGUUCAGUCUCUAGAGUCUGACAAGGUGAAGCUUGAGCUAAAGGUAAAGAACCUGGAGCUCCAACUCAAAGAAAACAAGAGGCAGCUCAGCAGCUCCUCAGGCAAUACUGACACUCAAGCAGAAGAGGAAGAGCGAGCCCAGGAGAGUCAGCAAAUGAUUGAUUUCCUAAAUUCAGUCAUAGUGGACCUUCAGAGGAAGAAUCAAGAUCUCAAGAUGAAGGUAGAGAUGAUGUCGGAAGCAGCCCUCAAUGGCAAUGGGGAAGACCUGAACAAUUAUGACAGAGAUGAGUUCCUGAUUAUGCAUGUUAACAUUUGUAGCGAUGACCAGGGAAAACAGUCCAAGAAGAAACCUCGCCUCUUCUGUGACAUUUGUGACUGCUUUGAUCUCCACGACACAGAGGAUUGUCCUACCCAGGCACAAAUGGCCGAGGACCCUCCCCAUUCCACGCACCACGGCAGUCGGAGCGAGGAGCGCCCGUACUGUGAGAUCUGUGAGAUGUUCGGGCACUGGGCAACCAACUGCAAUGACGACGAGACCUUCUGAUGACGCCGGAAGUCAAGGGCGGAGCUUUCCCAGACGCGCUUGCAUCUCGCAGUUUAACACCAGCAUUGUGUGUGCAGACUUCAGGAGAACUCACGUUAUUUUUGACCCCCCGUCAACAAAUCUAAGAAAAUAUUUUGAUCUUCAACAAAGAGUCCUUUUAGUCUCCCCUUAUUAUAAGUUAGAAUAAUAAAUAAAUACGUAGUAGGUGAGUUUUCACCUCAUUUUGUCAUCGAUUUUUAAAAGCUUGAACAAGAAAUUGCACCAGAUGCCAUUACAUUUACUGUCCCUCGUAGAACGAUCCCUAGCCUUACAAUACCUUAUUUAAAUAACUUUAAAUUAUGCUGUUACUUUUCAUAUUUGCACUAAAAUACUUCCAGGCUGCAUUUGUAUAUUUAGACUUUUUUUUGUUGUUUUUUUUGGUUAAGCUUUGACACUGGAAUGAGUUUAAAAAAUGUGCCAUUUUGCAGUUUCAUCUACUCAAAGUAUUUUAUUCCUAAUCAAAGAAGUAUGUGAGCUCUUUGCACUACCUGAUGUCAGCAGUGCCUUUGUUUUAGGCUUGAUGACACUUAGGUGUGAUUAUAAAAUCAUGAAGCAGGUAAAAGGGAGGGGGAAGCCCCCAAACUGCUGUGGGGACGUUUUAUAAUCUAUAUGCUGCACCCACUCACUCUACUGUGGUGUUCUGUUUAUUGGUUUUGCAUAAUUUCAGCUUCUAUAUAUUAUAUGUAUAUAUUUUUUAAAAAUCUAUAUUUUGGCAAAAAAAAAACAUACACAAUGUGUGUUUCUUUCAGAUUUUUACCUUUAUGGAAAAAAAAAAAUGUUCAUCAAGACAUAACUGACUAGGCCAGAAAUACCAUUACGUGGCUUUGCAACUAUUUUGUUUUUACUUUCUUUACCAGAUUUAAAUAACUGGGUGAAUGGGCUCCAAAUUUUUUUCUUUCCUUCUCUAUCUGAUAU